CUGUCGCCAAUAAACACCACAGGAAGAAGACAACGAGGUCGUCGCGAAUCAUGCUGUGUCUGGCUGUCCGCUCGGGGACCUUUUCCCCUUACAUGCAGAGUACCGUCCAUGCAGUGGCCGGACCCCUGAAGGCCUUGGUGCCAGGGGUCGUUGUGAAGGGGGAAAGUGUUUUGGUGGACACGAAGAAAAUGUUCCUGAGUCGAGAGUCGCUGAGAGGUCAGAGCCCAAUGACGGGGCCCGCUGUCACAGUUAGCAUCAACGGCUGUACAGGAAUCCGGUUUUCCCACACAGACAUCAGGGUUCCAGUCUUCCCCGACUACAGGCACCCAUAGUUGCUGGACCAGUGACCGGAGCAAGUUGUCCCAGGAGAGCAGUCCAUGAGUGGAGCCAUUUCUUACCUGCUGACCCAAUAUUCUGUUUGCCAGCAGUACAACUGGAUCAUAGUUGGUUUAAACUGCAUUUGCACUAGCUCAUACUUGUUUAGAUGACUGUAGAACCAGGUCAGUUUAUUUCCAUGUUAACAUUCGAGCAUUGAUUUCUGGUAUCUUCCUGAAUUCAUCCAUCUGAUAUGCCGCUAUGAAAUAAAACAACUGCUUGGUCCAUCUAACGAUCAGAAAUUGUGGUUUCAAUAAAAAUGCUUAUGUAAAGUGA